AAAUUUUAUAACUUUAAACGAGACAGAAACGCUUAAAGACCUAACAGCGUUUAGAUCUAAUCGAGAAAAGAUGUAAUUUUAUAUCAAUUCGAAUUUAAAAACACACACAUUAGAUCAUGGCUGUGAAAAUUAAAUUGAACCCGAUCUAAAAUUCACAUUAUUUGUGAAAUGAGUAGCGCGUAGCAAUACAUUUCAAUGAAGCAGUGAAGAUUUGUAUUUAGGUGGUCAAAUAAUGGAGAUUGUUGUGUGAGAUUGUUACGCUCAAAUGAAAAUUUGUUGUAUUUAUUCAAUAUAGAAAAAUACUAAAAUAAGGUAAACCCUGGUACUUGGCAUCACAGCUGUCAACGCAAAUCAGAACGUAAACAAACAUUGUUUACUUCAAGCGGAUGGUUUGUUUUGAACUUUCUUCGGGAUCCUGGCUGGAAUUAGUAACCAAUCCGGUGAGUAUCAUUAAGUGCUAACUAAUUCGCAUUCUAUCAAUGCUUUCAUUUUUUCAGGUGAAAUAACUACGCAUCUAAACCAAAUGGACAAACAGUUCCGAUUACGUUUACGCACUAGCACCCCAACCGGAACAGCGAGAUGAUGACAUCAAAGCGACAAGUAUUUUGAUGGCAAACAGUGUAAUGGGGACCUCUUGACCAUCAUGAUGACAACGCCGCUCUAAUGGAAGUCCAAUCCAGGAAAUAGCAGUAAGUAUCUAUAUAAUCUAAACAGUGUUUUCGUUUAUUGUCUACUGGCACAGUGGCAGUGGCAAACUUCAUUAACAAAAUCCUCAACUGGGACGAUGCAUAUACAUUAUAUGCGUUGUCCCAGAUGAAAACUUUAUUUGUUUACGCUGAAAAAGUUUGCCAAAAUCGCUAUAAAUGAAAUACUACUAUCAAUCUUACAACUACAUAUUCGAAAUUUGGUGCCCUAGGAAUGAUUUUGACGCCGGAAGACGCCUCUUUGGAAUCAUACCAGUGUGUUGUUCCGGUUGAUAUUGGAGGAAUGUUUUGCUACCCAUCAUCAAGCUAAACUCCAUUUGAUCGCAGGCUGCUAACUGGUCAGGUCAGGUCAGGUGUUGAUCGAGAUGAACUGACUAAUGAGACGAGCUCGUUGGGAAACGAGAGGGCCUGUUCAAAAUCAGUGUGUCAGUGCGACAGCUGCUGCCCUGACCUACAUUGGAACUGAUAACCACAAGAGACCAUCAGAAAACUUUUCCGACGCUAGAGAUUUCAAUCCACCCAGCGAGUUCAAAGAACACUGGAAGGAUUCUAUGGGCCAUCAUGAUAUAGGUUCUAAAACUGCUCGGUGGUUUCAAGUCAAUGCCUAUAUCGAUAUUGUUGCAGCAAUUCACCUGAAGGAUAUCUUGGAUUCUGCAUUGGUCUGUUCGGAUCUCUUGAAAAGAUUUCAUUUUGUAUCCGAACGAAUGUUCGGAGUAGUGUGUAGGAGCCUGGCACUCUGGCCACAAUUCUAGGAACAUUUGUUUGGCCAUCUCUUCGUUAAACGCAUCUGCUUCGUGAAAGCCAACAUUUUGGUGUAUUUCAGUUCCUCAGGUUAAACCAAUGUUCUGGCGUGAUCCGUUCCUGUCUUAGCAAUCAACCUUUAGGCGUAUUCUUCGUCUACGCAUGAUGUUCGACCAAGUUAGUUUAAUCGAUUUCUGAGUUAGUCAUGCAACGCGUUUUAAGACUGAAUCCUAUCUGGUACCCUGCGUUGUACAGCAUUUUAAAACAACCAGUAUUAUUGGAAAACCCGUCUUAUAUUGUACCUUUCGCCUACCUUAUUUUACUGAACUCAUGGGGCCGGUCAUUUCCGCCAAAACUCGAACAACGACUCUUUGACAAAAAUAAAACAAAAUAAUUUGGCGCACCAAUGUCUGUGCAUGGCUUGCUACAAUUCGAUGAAACUAAUUUCAUCGAAAGGUUUGCUAUUCGUUGGAAAUGAAAACGCCCAAAGGUUGAUUUCACAGACAGGAAUAAUUUUCGUCAUGUUUCAGAUUUCACUUCCUCUAAACGAUCAUGCCAAAAUGUUGAUAGUUAGGAGUACGUUAGCCUGUCAGUUAAAUCUAUAAUAGGGUUACCAGAUCCCGCCACACCAAAAAGAGUACAUUGAGAUCAUUUACCCAAACAUUCAAGAGAAACGAUAUACAGUAGA